AUGUUGCAGCAUUCCCAUCAGAAACCCGCCGUGGAUAUUUUGUCAAGAAUGAAGAGCGACGAUGAUCGAGCUGAUACGUAUCGCCAAAACGAAACAAUAGCGUGUGUGAAGCAGUCAAAGACCAUAACACCAACUUUGGACACUGAAAGUUCUGCGCGUCGUACAAGUAUGAAGACUCGUCACCUGACGACGUCUGCACCAAGAGCAUCAUUCGAUCCGCCACACUUAUCGUAUUCGCAAGUCUCAGAAUAUCUGCGUUGCCCACACCGGUACUAUUUGGGCCGCAUAUUGAAGCUGAACAGAGACACAUCAACAUCUAUGAUGUUUGGACGUGCACUGCAUGAAGGUAUCGCUGCUUUUGCCAAAGCACUGGCAGUUGCGCCGAUAAAAGAGGAGGGUGCACAUGAAGUCAAGGCGCUUGCUGGUGUGAAAGCGGAAAAGGCUUUUAUGCGGUCCUGGUCAGAUGAUGGGUACGGGCUUUUUGCUUCCAAGGAACAGUCUUGUUUCCUUUUCGAUCGAGGUAUGAUGGCGCUAUGGGAUUUUAUAGAGACACACUUCAAUGAUGUACAAUUGGAAGAGAUUGUUCACGUUGAGAAAGCGUUUUCUUUUUACGUUCCCGAAGCUAACGUGGAAUUGCAAGGUGUCUGGGAUCGCAUUGACCGUGUUACCAACCGAAAUGGCGGCAGAUCUUCUACGUACAUCGUCCAGGAGUUCAAGUCUAACAUGGGUGGUGCCGAACGGAACAUGGAUAAACUAGCAGGCGAAAGCUUGCAGCUUAAAAUGUACAUGUACGCCUUUUCCGAGGUUUUUGGUGAGGCACCAUACGGAGCCAAGCUACAGCAAAUCGGUAAUACUCAUAGCCAACCCGGUAGCAAUGUUACUACAACCAGAAGAAAAGGAACCAACAAAGCCGGGAAUGGUGACAACGGGUUUGUGCUCUUCUCACAGGAAGCGGCACAGGAAGCCAAAGAUGCUAUUGUUGAGGUCGCAUCGGGUCUUCGUCGUGGAGAUUUUGAACCCAAGCCAAGCUUCGCUGAGUGUGCAUUUUGUCCGUAUGCAGGGUCUGCGUGUCAUUUUACUACCGACAACGCAUGGCGCGAACGUCAAUCUGCAAAAAGAGCUUGUGUGGUAGUCCAAGGAUAA